UACGGAGUCACGGUGCUAGUUCCGCUGUUUAUUCGUACACACGCGCGUUCAUCUUCUCUCCGAUCACUCGUGCGAGAGUAUACACGGCGUGUAACUCGUACGGAGCAACUUACCAAGCGGACACUGCUAGGUUAUAGCUGCCCAUAGAGAUGAAUCGCCUCUACAAGGAUAUUUCGCGGACGAGAAACGUGCACACUUGCUGCACGCUCUUGAAAGAGACACCGCGUAACUUGAAAGGCAAGAAACACGACUCGCAGUUGUGGUUGAUGAGGCAAUUGCGCGAUCCCUACGUGGAAAAGGCAAAGCAGGAGAAUUAUAGGUGUAGAAGCGCAUUCAAGCUCUUGCAGAUCAACGAGAAACACAAUAUCCUCAGUCCGGGUGUUACCGUCGUCGACUGUGGAGCGGCACCUGGCAGUUGGACGCAAGUCGCCGUCAAUACGACCAAUGCACAUGGCAAAGAAAACAGUCCUAUUGGCAAAGUUUACGCCGUAGAUAAGUUGCCAUUUUAUCCCGUGGAAGGUGCAACCGUUUUGGGAAACAUGGACUUUACCAACGCGAAAACGCAGGAAACUUUGUUGAAAUUAUUGCACGGCAACAAGGUCGACGUUGUUUUAUCCGACAUGGCUCCAAACGCAUCCGGGAUGAAGCAGCUGGACCAUGACAAUAUAAUAGCACUGGCAUACGCCGCUAUGAAAUUUGCACUGCGAAUCAGCAAAGCACAAGGUGCGCUCGUCAUAAAAUUAUGGGACGGUGGUAAAUCGUCCGAAUUGGAGCAAGAUUUGCUGAGAUUUUAUGACAGCGUUAAGGUGAUCAGACCCGACGCAACGAGGGACGAAUCCACUGAACAAUUUUUCCUGGCCAGAGGUUUCAAGGGUAUCAAGACUCAGUGAUAUCCUUCGGUCCGGUUAUCCUUUGCUCGUUCGCCGCUAAAUAUAACCACUUGAAAAUGUCUGGGCAACUUGUAAAAAUAAAGACUCACAAUAAUUUAGCACU